AUGCCCCAGCAGACCCUUCCAGAUAACAAGCCGCAGCCACGGCUGCUGGCUCUUCCAGUCGCGUUCGUGGCACCUCCCUGCAGCAUGCUUUUCGCGUGUGUGGUCUUCCUCGUGCUCGCGUCUCUCGUCACUUCCGCCCAGGUCCAACCGCAUAUCAUCCUCAUCGUCGCGGAUGACUUGGGAUGGAGGGACGUCGGAUUCCACGGAUCGUCGGAGAUCCCCACGCCAAACAUAGACUCACUGGCGUACAGCGGGGUCAUCCUCCACAACUACUACGUCCAAUCCCUGUGCACGCCGUCGAGGGCUGCCCUCCUCACGGCCCGAUACCCCAUUCACAAUGGCAUGCAGAGCUACGUGAUCACCAACCCGCGCUGCUGGGGCCUGGACCCCCACGAGCGGAUCCUGCCUGAGUUCCUGAACGCGCUGGGCUACGCGAGCCACGCGGUGGGGAAGUGGCAUCUGGGAUUCUGCCGGCGCGCCUUCGCUCCCACCCGGAGGGGGUUCGCCUCCCAUUUCGGACUUAUUUCUGGUGGAAUUUUAGGGAUGCUGACCCUUCUGGACCAGUCCGUGGGGCGGAUCGUGUCGGCGUUGCAGGAGAACGAGAUGCUGGAGAACUCCGUCCUCGUCUUCACCUCCGACAACGGAGGGAUUGGAGACAUAGAUGGGAGCCGGGGAAACAACUUCCCGCUCAGAGGGAUGAAAGCAACGCUGUACGAAGGAGGAAUUCGAGCUGUUAGUGCAAUCUGGAGUCCCCUAAUCGAAAAACCUCAACGAGUGUUCCACGGACUCAUGCACAUCUCCGACUGGCUUCCAACCAUCUACCACCUGGCAGGAGGGAAUGUAAGUGACUUGCCGCCGCAAUUGGACGGGUUGAACAUGUGGCCCAGUUUGUCGAGGGACGAACCGUCUCUGAGAGAAGAGGUGUUGCUCAACAUCGAUCCCACCACUGACUCUAAGGCACUCAGGGCCGGAAGGUAUAAGAUCAUUAGAGGGAUGCUGACCCUUCUGGACCAGUCCGUGGGGCGGAUCGUGUCGGCGUUGCAGGAGAACGAGAUGCUGGAGAAUUCCGUCCUCGUCUUCACCUCCGACAACGGAGGGAUCGGAGACAUAGAUGGGAGCCGGGGAAACAACUUCCCGCUCAGAGGGAUGAAAGCAACGCUGUACGAAGGAGGAAUUCGAGCUGUUAGUGCAAUCUGGAGUCCCCUAAUCGAAAAACCUCAACGAGUGUUCCACGGACUCAUGCACAUCUCCGACUGGCUUCCAACCAUCUACCACCUGGCAGGAGGGAAUGUAAGUGACUUGCCGCCGCAAUUGGACGGGUUGAACAUGUGGCCCAGUUUGUCGAGGGACGAACCGUCUCUGAGAGAAGAGGUGUUGCUCAACAUCGAUCCCACCACUGACUCUAAGGCACUCAGGGCCGGAAGGUAUAAGAUCAUUAGAGGGCCUCAGGAGUUCCGUGGCGAGGAGAUCAACGGCUGGUACGGAGACCCAGGAACCCUGAACCUCAACGAAACCACGCAACCCCUCUACGAUGAAACUCUGGAGUACUUGGAAGAAAACGAUUUCGCGGGUGCUACGUUGGGCGACCUCGGCUAUCUCCCCUCGGAAGAGAAGCAGGAAAUGCUGCGGGAAGAGGCCGCUGUCAUCUGUCUUCGAGACGAAACGAACGCGACGGCCUGUGACCCAUCUCUCGCCCCCUGCGUCUUCGACCUCGGCGUCGAUCCGUGCGAGCAGAUGAAUCUGGUGGAAAUCGGCCCCAAGGCUGAGAGCGAGAGAAAUGGACGUUUCUGGCCCCCGGAUCUCCUCGGCUUCCUGGAGAGUCGGUUGCUCGCGUAUGAGGAAUCCAUGGUACCGCCGCUCAACUUCAACGUUUCGGAGGACCCGAAUGCCGAUCCUUCCUUAUGGCAUGGAAUGUGGACCAAUUGGCUCGACAACGACACUCUUUCCGUGCAAUGAUACGUGUCCGUGCAAUGUUCCGUGCAAUGAUACGAUCCGCCUCUGGGGAAGCAGAUGUAGUAUAAAUAUUUUAGAAAGAGAUGGGC